GGAGCUCCCCAAGAUGGGACUGCGGGGAGAUCUGCCUGCCGAUGUGUCCAAGCUCACUGCCCUCACCCGCAUCAACAUGGCGGGCAACCUGCUGGAGGCGCGCCUGGGCGAGUGGGCCACGGCGCUCUCCACGCUCAAGGCGCUCAAACACCUCGCUCUCAACUACAACUGGUUCUCCGGCCCUCUGCCUUCCUACCUGCUCACUCUCUCCUCCCUCACUACGCUCAACGUGCAGUUCAACUACCUCACGGGCGCCAUCACGGGCGUGCCUGCAGCGGCCCUCAAGACGCUCAACGUCGCGUCCAACUUGCUCGCCGGCUCCUUCCCCGCGUCCACCACCACCAUGUGUGACGCGCGCAGCAACUGCCUCACAGACGCCUCCAAGUGCCUCUCCUCGGGCUCCUCCGCGCAGCGCGCUGCGGCCGCCUGCGCCAUCUGCGGCGCCGCCAACGCGUCGGCGCUGCUGUGCGGGGGCGGCGUGUGUGCGCCCAACACCACGGCGCUGCUCGCACCCAACACGUCCAACAGCGCCUCCGCCGCCCUGCUGCCACUCAUCUGCACUGGCGUCCGCAUCGACCCCAACGCCCUGCCGGUGCUGGCCAGCAUGAGGACGGCGCUGGGAGUGCCGCACGCGGGGUGGGGCGUGCAGACGCUGUGUGCGGUCGCGGGCGUCGCCAGGGGCCCACAGGACCUGCCGGGCGUGAGCUGCAGCAUGCAGGGCGCCGUGGUGGAUGUGUUUCUCAAGCAGCGCCUCAUGCGCGGCUCCAUGCACUCAGGCAUCGCCAAGCUCUCCGCCCUCACCUCCCUGGACCUGUCGAGCAACGUCCUGUCGGGCCCGUUGGACCCCUUCAUCUCGCCGCUCACCAACCUCACCGCACUCAAAUCUCUCGUGCUGGGCUACAACUUCUUCUCGGGCUCGCUGCCCUCCACCCUCUCCGCCAUCAAGACCCCCUCCUUGCUGAGCGUGGGGUGGAACUACCUGACGGGGUCGGUGCCGGUGCUGGGCGCGGCGCUGCAGGUGCUGGACGCCGAGAACAACUGGCUCGUCGGCAAGUUCCCCGCGCCCGCCGCCUCCGCCACCGCCAACUGGACCUUGUGCACGGCGCGCGCCAACUGCUUCACGGACGCCACGGCGUGCCGGAACAACAGCAACAGAAACCAGGGCGUGGUGCAGCGCCUCUCGUGCGCCAUCUGCAACAGCACCAACGGCACGGGCACGCUGUGCCCGAACAACAUCACCUGCCAGCCCGCCCCGGCCGCUGUGCAGAAUGCCACAGCCGUGCGCACCCCGACCACCCCCGUACUCAACCUCACCUGCCCUCCUGUUCCGCCCGUCGCCAUCAACGCCAAUGCAGCGGCGGCGCUGAUGAACGUGAAGGCGGCGCUGGGCGUGACCCUCGCCAACUGGGACCUCAACUCCUCCUGCACCUCCCUCGGCAGCUCCGGCGGCGGCUUCUCCGGCGUCGAGUGCGACCCCCUCGGCAACCCCGUCAAGCUCGCGCUGGAUAGUCAGAAGCUGUUUGGCAUUCUGCAUGCUGACAUCACCAAACUCGCCACACUCACAUUCCUGUCGCUCAAGUCGAACCUCUUCAGGGCGCGCCUUGAGGACUUCGCCCCCAGGAUUCCCGCACUAACCAACCUCGCAGUGCUCCUGCUCGACUUCAACUGGUUCUUUGGCAGUCUGCCCCCUCCGCUCGUCGCCAUGCGCAAGCUCACACGCCUGGGCCUGUCGUACAACUAUCUGACGUACCGCGUGCCGCCGCUGUCAUCCACGCUCAGGGACAUCGACAUGUCGUUCAACUUCCUCUCGGGCGCCUUCCCCACCCACUUCGCCACCUCGUGUGGCGCCAGCAACAACUGCCUUCAGGACGUGACCAUGUGCGACACCAAGGGCACGGCACAGCGCAUGUCCGGGUGCAACAUGUGCCAGGGCACGGCGAAUGGGCAGGGCAUGCUGUGCUCCGGCAAUGGCGUGUGCACCGUCAACGCCACCGUGCCCUUCAACGCCGCCACGCCCAACGCUGUCGGCGCUGCCCUGCUGCCCUUAUCUUGCGUCA